AUGCUCUUUAAUGUGCGCAACAGGCGCCUUUCUCUCAGCCGCGCUGGUCGACUUGUGGCGCUGUUCGUAAUCAUCUGGACAGCAUGGGAUGUGAUACAAGUACGCCGCGCUUACUUCUACGAGGCCACGAAGGAGCCCGCUCCGUUCAGCGAUCAAAAGGUCUUCAUCGCUAGUAUCCAUUGGACCGAUGAGCUUAUCUUACGAUCACACUGGGUCUCAGCCGUCCUACAACUCGCUAUUGACAUCGGAACCGAAAACGUAUUCGUCUCCGUCUACGAAAGCGGCAGUAUAGACGAUGCGAAAGGCGCUCUCCGAGAACUGGACGAAAUGCUCGAACGGAACGCCAUACCGCAUCGCGUAGUUCUUGAUGAAUCUUCGCACAAAGACGAAGUGGAGAAGGUACCUGAACCCACGGGCUGGGUUCAGAUGCCCGAGUCGAAAGCCUACCACGAGAACUGGACAGAGUGGUUCACACUUACUAAAGGAACGUGGGUGCCCAGACGCAUACCUUAUCUUGCACGGCUACGUAACCAGGCAAUGCAGCCCUUGUAUGAACUUCGUGAGGCGGGCCAGACCUUCGACAAGGUCUUGUGGCUCAACGACGUGGUGUUUAACUCAUACAACGUUCGUAAGCUCUUGAACACAAGAAGUGGCGAUUUCGCCGCUGCCUGCGCCCUCGAUUUCAAGAUUCCACCGGCUUUCUAUGACACCUUCGCUCUGCGUGACGCGCGUGGCUACGCCCCGAUUAUGGACACCUGGCCGUUCUUCCGAAGCGCCCAAUCACGGGAUGCCUUGACACACGCUGAGCCUAUCCCGGUCUCUAGCUGCUGGAAUGGCAUGGUGGCAUUCGACGCGGCGCCAUUCUAUGACGCCAACCCGCUCGUCUUUCGAGCAUUACCGGAUAGCCUGGCAGUGUCACACUUGGAGGCCUCGGAAUGCUGUCUCAUCCAUGCUGAUAACCCUCUGACACGUUCAAAAGGCGUAUGGAUCAAUCCCAAUGUGCGAGUGGCAUACAACGGGUCUUCGUAUGAUGCGAUGAACGCAGGUACUUGGCCUUCAAGCUGGUCCAUAUCCAAAGGACUGUGGCUGAAUCGUGGCUUGCGGUGGAUGCGUGCUCUAGGUUUAUGGCGAAAGGAUCACUCGAAGGAGGCCAAAUUAAAAGCAUGGAGGCGGCAGGACCCGGCCAACACAGAAAGCGGCGAGUCCUGUGUGAUUGAUGAGAUGCAGAUUCUAGUGUGGAAUGGGUGGGGUCACGCUUGA